GCUUGACAUGUCUUCCUCUAGCUUAUGUGACUCCCACCAUAUUUGGUCCCUUAAAAGGCUGACAGGACUAAACAUAUCCGCUUACUUUGCCCCUCAAGAUAACAACAAGCUUCUCUCUAACCUCCAAACAUUGUUCGUGUACGCAAAGUACUCCAGGCUCCUCUCUCCCUCCCAAGCGUCAAUGUCUCGAGCACUCUCCCAACCCUUCAACGGCCACUGCGCCUGCAAAACCAUAACCUACACCCUCCUCGCCCCACCUCUGAUAACCCACUGCUGCCACUGCACCUACUGCCAACGCGAAUCCGGCUCAGCAUUCGGCCUCAACAGCGUCGUCGAAAUCUACAACUUCCGCAUCACGUCUUCCGCCAAACCUACCGUGACGGGCGUCUCAUCGCUAAGUUCUCCCUCGGGCGACAAACACCUGAUAGCGCACUGCCCGAAAUGUCUUACUGUCUUGUACGCACAUUAUGGUGCGAACAGGAGCUUGAUGUUUGUCAAGGUGGGUUCGCUGGAUGAUGAGAGUAGAGAGAUGGUGAGACCGGAUGUGCAUAUCUUCACUAGUACGAAGAUGGAGUGGGUUAAUUUAGGGACGGAGGAAGAACGUGGUGUCAAAGUUUUCGAGGAGUAUUAUCCAAGGGAGGAAGUGUGGAGUCAGGAGAGCUUGAAGAGGAGGGAACGGCUGCUGGAGUGGCUGGAGGAGAAGAAACGGGGUGAAGAAGAUGUGGGGCCAAAGGAGGAUUGACGUGUUGAUGGGAUGUAGAACAACGUGCUUCUUAUUUGAUGCAUUGAAAGUUUCCAUUGGCGCCUGAAUUCUAGCUCUACAGCUAUAUAACUAUGCAAAACGCCUUGAGUUCAUUCUCAUUAAAUGCUCCAUAUAGAUCGCGUAUAGACAUGAUGCUCACAGCCCAGCCUUCACUACCAGCACACUCGCGCCCAGUUUGCCCUCCCACACCUUCUCCGCCAAAACGCCCAAUGUACUUGCCGCAGAUGAUGAGCUGGUGAUCGCAUCUGCAUCGUCUGUGGCCAACACAUUGUUUCGGCCAAUGUUCCUACCCAAGACAACAAGGUCACCUGCGUUCUUGGGUGCUUGCCCGACUUCAAUACUUGCUCGAGCGAUGAC